AUGUCCAAAUAUGAGUGCCGCCUAGUGUUGAAUAAUUUCUCAAAACUACUCUACAAGCUGUACAAUGCUCAGAAUUUUUUCUGCGCUGGGUUAGAUUGCGUUCCCGCCGCGCGCGCGCACCAAGAGCGCCGCCGGCGCGACCCUUUUCAAAAUGAAAUGGACUUCAGUAGGAUCUCAUCUUUGUAUUCAUUUGGUGGAUUUGAAUGACAGUAAUACAAUCAUCCUAAUUACUACCUCUCUAUAUAUAAAAAAGGUGAGUUAAGGAAUGUACCUAAAAUCACUGUUUUUAACUAGGUGGCGGCCCGGAGGCCGCCUGUGGUGGAUGCACCAGCAUACUGUUGUGUCCGCCGCACCUGCCUGUGGUGUCCAUGUUCCGAUCAGAAGUCAUGUACAAGCUCUGUGGUGA